AUGUCGAAAGCAGUCUUCAUUUCCAAGAUCGAUGGCAAACCAGGCCAGGUCUACUACCCCCUCUCCGUCCAGACCUUGCCUCUGCCAAAACCCCAGGGACGCGAGCUCCUGCUGAAAAUGACUGCCGCCUCACUGAACCAUCGCGAUGUCUUUCUGCGCCAACAUCUGUAUCCCGGUGUCACCUUUGACGUGCCUCUUGGAGCAGAUGGCGUGGGUGUUGUUGUAGGAACUGGUCCAGACGUCUCCAGCCCCGAACGGUGGCAGGGGAAACGAGUGAUCUUAAACCCCGGCAUUGGCUGGAAGGAUUCGCCGGAUGGACCUGAACACCCCAAGGGCUAUUGCAUCAUGGGCGGAACCAAAUUUUACAACAAGGGUACAUUGCAGGAAUAUCUGACCAUUGACGAGUCCGAGGUGGAAGAAGCCCCGGAGCAUCUGUCGGACGCAGAGGCCGCUGCGCUCCCGCUAACCGGUCUGACUGGAUGGAGAGCUUUGGUGGUCAAGGCCGGAGAGAGAAAUUCCAGCAAAGGUGCUGCUGUGCUGAUCACGGGAAUCGGGGGUGGUGUUGCCCUGAUCGCUCUCCGUUUCGCUGUGGCAAGAGGUGCAGAUGUAUACGUGACAAGCUCCAAAGAAGACAAGAUCCAGAAAGCCAUUGAGCUGGGUGCGAGAGGUGGUGUGAGUUAUAAGGAAGACGGAUGGGAAAAAAAGCUUCUGGGGAUGCUUCCUGACAGCAAGCACAACUUUGACGCCAUCAUCGACGGUGCCGGUGGUGAUUCUGUGGAAAAGGCAGCCAAGUUACUCAAGGCGGGUGGUGUUCUGUCCGUAUACGGAAUGACUGCCUCGCCCAAGAUGCCGUUCCUAAUGCAGGCUGUACUCAAAAACAUCGACGUCCGUGGCACCACUAUGGGCUCUCGCAAAGAGUUCAAGGAGAUGGUGGAUUUUAUCAAGGCUAAUAACAUUCAUCCGGUGAUCUCGCGUGUUGUGCAGACUGAUCUGGGCGAUGUUGCGGGACUUGACAGCCUAUUCCAAGAUAUGAGAGAGGCUAAGCAAUUUGGCAAGCUGGUCAUCGAGUUUGGUAAGGCCUCGGGGAGCAAGUUAUAA